AUGGCGAAGGGGGAGCAGGCGCGAGCCAAGAAACGGAAGACGGCCCGUGGGGAUGGCAAGCUGGCGUCGGAAGCCAGCCGCCAUGUGUUGCGAAAGGCCAAGGCCGGCGGCCUGGGGAAAGUUGCCGGCUUCACCGAUUCCAAUGCUUCGUGGCUAAAGCCAAAGAGCAAACGUCACAAAGCAGCGGAGGCGGCCCAGGUUGCCCGGCCCGACAGUGAUGAUUCAAUGGGAACAAGUGGAGACGACUUUGGGAGUGAAGAAGUUUCCUCUGCAGAGGAGGGAGAGCAAUGCAAAAACCUUCUUGAGAGUGAGGAAGAGGGUGAUGGCAGUUCAGAUAUUGCUGGCAGCAGAUCAGAUGGAGCAGAAUCCAUUGAUAGUGAAGCUGAUUUAGAGGAAGGGAGUAGCGGGAGUGAGGCUGAGCUGGAAAUUGAAAAGAAAUCUCGGCUGGUUGAGAAACAAAGAGCCCGUGACAAGAUGCAUGCUGAAGCAGAGAUAAAAGACAUGGCACUUCAGUGGCAACGGGAAGCUGAAGGGCAAGAUGAUGAACUUGACGAUACCAGCAUGAUAAUUCCUCAAGCUGUGCCAGACUUGACAGAAGUGAAGACAAGGAUAGCAGAGAUUGUGAAUGUCCUUGAGAAUUUCAAGACUUUACGGAACCCUGCGAUGCCGAGAGCAGCAUAUGUGGACUCUUUAAAGCACAACGUGAAGACGUACUAUGGGUACAAUGGGUUCAUGGUGGACUGCAUCCUUGGUUUGUUUGGGCCUGCAGAGGCUGUGGAAUUCAUCGAGUCCAGCGAAGUGGCCAGGCCCGUGACUUUGCGCACCAACACACUGAAAACGCGGCGCCGAGAACUCGCAGCUGCAUUGAUAAACAGAGGGGUGAACUUGGACCCAAUUGGAAAAUGGUCAAAGGUUGGCCUGGUUGUCUAUGAGGCUCAAAUUCCGCUUGGCGCUACGCCUGAGUACAUGGCAGGCCACUACAUGUUGCAGGGGGCAUCAUCUUUCCUGCCAUGCAUGGCCCUUUCACCUCAAGCGCACGAGACAGUUGUGGACAUGGCAGCAGCUCCUGGUGGGAAGACCACCUACCUUGCAGCACUCAUGCGGAACUCAGGAAUCAUCUUUGCAAAUGAAAUGAAAAAUGAGCGAACCAAAUCAUUGGUUGCAAACUGUCAGCGAAUGGGUGUCACCAAUGCAGUGAUUAGCUGCUAUGAUGGACGCCAGUUGACAAAGGUUCUGGGCCCAAAGCAUGCCGAUCGUGUUCUAUUGGACGCACCAUGCAGCGGAACAGGUGUAAUACACAAGGAUCCAUCAGUCAAGAGCUCCAAGACAACGAACGAUAUAUGGAACUGUGUGAACGUCCAGAAGCAGCUGUUGCUGGCAGCAAUUGAUCUUGUGGAUGCUGCAAGCAAGACAGGUGGAUACAUAGUGUAUUCAACGUGCUCAAUAAUGCCAGAGGAGAAUGAGCUGGUGAUUACAUAUGCACUGCGAAAGAGGUUUGUGAAAGUGGUUUCGUCUGGGCUUGAGUUUGGCCGUGAAGGGUUUGCUCGAUAUAGGGACUUCAGAUUCCAUCCAAGCCUCAAACUUGCAAGGAGGUACUAUCCGCAUGCGCACAACCUGGAUGGCUUCUUCGUUUGCAAACUGAAGAAGUUGUCCAACGGAGCAAAGCCGCCCACGGGCGAGGCCAACGAUGGCGAUGAGACUGCCAAAGCUGAUGCCGCGUUGCAGACUGGAGAAGACGCCAACCCUGUGAGUGUGCCUCUGCCAGGCAAGCCACGUGCUGAGAGCAAUGGAGUCAGACGAGAUGGGGACGACGGCGAAGGUGCAGAUGGACGUCGAGCAGAACAAAAGGGCGAGAAGAAGAAAAAGAAGAGGGAAAGGGGCAUUGUAAAGAAGGCUAGAGAGGAACUCAUGGAGGAAAUGCGCAAACUCAAGGCAACUGAUGACGCUCGAUGA